AAAAUGCAGCGCAUUUGACUCAUCCCUUCCCUUGAUGACACGACUCGGCUUUAAAAGUUCAAGAUCGAUUUGAAUUAGAUAGCCAGAGUGGGGGAAAACAUGGGUGCAUCAUUGUUUCGCCUGAUUGCUGUUUUUGUGGCAAUCUGCUCGACCCGCUGCCAAACAGUUUGCAAAAGACAGGCUUUACUUGAAUGGCACCUGAAACAACGCACCGUCCAAAUGAAUUGGACUCUGGUUGGAAACCUCUGCAGGAGCGCGUCGGAGUGUUGGGACUCUCGGGAGGGAGACGAGUCAAUCCAGAAGCCUUUCAACUUCGCACAGAUAUGCCCCCUUCAGCUGCAGCACGGAGACAAACUGCUGAUGUCUGCUGACGAAACACUCCAGUCAUACGGCAUCAGGCUCCUCAACGUCUCAGAAGAAGACUUUGAAAGCUGUUCCACAAACGCACUGAUGAAAGACCAGUUUGUUUUCCCCCAUGAUUUGAAUGGGAGUGAGAAGGUUGAGCCCAAGCGGCUUGUCCCAGGUCGCCAUUACUUCAUCGCGUUGCACGGAGGAGACGCUCAGCUGUGCAAACUGGGUCUGAGGCUGAACGUGUCUGUGAAAGCUCAGCUCUGUCAGGGCUCUCCUCUGCUCCGGCUGUGCUCGGGGAACGGGGUUUGUCAGACGGGUCUCCGGGAAGCCGCCUACCACUGUCAGUGCCACCACCGCUACUCUGGGAGGUUCUGUGAGAAAUACGAUGUCUGUCUGGACAACCCUUGUAAAAACAAAGGAGUGUGUUUGAGCAAUGGAUCCACAGAUCCCAACAACAGAACAUAUAAAUGUCUCUGUCCCCCACAUUUCACAGGGGUUAACUGCUCUGAAUUUGUUGGGAGAGCCAAUUGUGAGAGCAUUUGUGAAAAUGGGACAUGCGUUCAAGUGUCGCCCACCUCCUUCAAAUGCGUUUGUCACGCUGGAUCGUCUGGGCCACCUUGUGAGAAGAGCAAAGCCCCCUGUGACCCAAAUCCAUGUAAAAACGGUGGCACGUGCGAAGAAAGCCCCGAUGGAUUUGCCUCGGAGUGUGUGUGUGCAGAUGGUAAUGUGGUCCCAGAAUGCAGGAGGCGGCAGAGCCUGUGCAGCUCAUCACCGUGUCUGAACAAUGCCACCUGUGCGUCCAGGGGAAAUGACUACUUCUGCAGAUGUCUGAGUGGGUUUUCUGGAAAGAAUUGUGAAGAAAUAAUUGACUACUGCAGGCUGCUCAAUAUCAACUGCCUAAAUGAGGGAUUGUGCGUGAGUGUAAUUGGCGGAUAUCAGUGCAUUUGCGCCUCGGGUUGGACCGGAGAGUUUUGUCAGUAUGUAAGCGACGCCUGCCUGAUAAAACCAAACAGCUGUUUGAACGGAGCCACGUGCAUUACAGCCAGUCCGCCAUCGUCUCCCCCACAGUACAUCUGCAAAUGUCCCCUUGGCUUCAUAGGACCAAAGUGUGAGACGGAGAUCAAUGAGUGUGACUCCAGCCCCUGUCAGCACGGCGCCACAUGCUCCGACCUGCUCGGAGGCUACGACUGCCGCUGUCCUACAGGUUUUCAAGGAAAAAACUGUGAAGUUGACCUUGAUGCCUGUGCGCUGCCCAACGCUACAUGCCCACCUAUGACCCAGUGUUUGGAUCUGCCAGUCGGUCUUGAGUACACCUGCCGGGCGCCUUGCCCUCGAAACCUUCAACCGUGUGCCAACGGGGGACGCUGUGUAUUGAACAACGCCAGCAGCUACACCUGCAUCUGCAGCCCUGGUUGGUCUGGUCAGGACUGCCGCGUAAAUGUCAACGAUUGUAUCCAGCAUUGGUGCCAAAAUGGAGCCACUUGUGUGGAUGAGAUUGAUGGAUAUAGCUGCCUGUGUCCCAGAGGAUACGCCGGCAUCUACUGUGAAGAGGACAUUGAUUACUGUGUUGGCCAUCGGUGCUCUGAACAUGGCGUCUGUCUGGACCAGCAGCACAACUUCACCUGCCUGUGCACUCUUGGAUUUGAAGGGCCGCUCUGUGAAGUAGAAACAAACGAGUGCAGCAGCUUCCCCUGCUCAAACGGAGCCACCUGUGUGGACCUAAUCAGUGAUUAUAGGUGCUACUGUCCCCCAGGGUUUCAAGGAAGGACGUGCUCUGAGAGUGUAAAUGAUUGUUGGUCGCAGCCUUGUCUAAAUGGAGGCUCGUGUGUGGAUCAGACAAAUGACUACAUUUGUCACUGUCCCGUUGGAUUCAGGGGGAAAGAUUGCUCAGUGGAUAUUGACCUUUGCUCACUCGGAAUGUGCGGCGAGCAUACAUUAAUAUGCUCCGAGACCAAGGAUGGACAGAAUGUCUCCUGCACAUGUGAGAGAGGGUUUGGAGGUUGGUUUUGUGAAGUAAAUUUCAAUGAGUGUGAAUCGAAGCCAUGUCUAAAUGGUGGUGUUUGUGUGGAUGGCGCCGACCUGUAUCAGUGCCUGUGCUCUGAAGGGUUUUGGGGAUUGAACUGUGAAAUCAACAUUGAUGAAUGUGCCCAUGGAUACUGCGCCAAUAAUUCCACAUGCAUCGACCUGGUUGCGGACUAUGAGUGCAUCUGUCCUCUGGGCUUUGCCGGUAAGAAUUGCUCCAUAUCCGUCUCUGCAUGUGAUGCGGACUUCUGCAAAAACGGAGGAAGCUGCUCAAGCAACUUAGCUGGAGACCCGCAGUGCAUUUGCCCUCCAGGAUACCAUGGUGAAGAUUGCUCCUCAUCUUUGAGCCAAUGUGUGUCAAAUCCCUGUGACCCUGAGGGGGCUAUCCUCUGUGAAGCACUGGAAAAUACUUAUAGAUGCCUGUGUCAACAUGGGUACACAGGGCCUCUCUGCAAAACGCCUGUAAACCAGUGUGUUGACGGGUUGUGUCAACAUGGUUCACCGUGUGUGGAUCUAUCAGGAGGGUUCAAGUGUGAUUGUUUACCAGGUUUAACAGGCCAGUAUUGUGAGACGAACAUUGACGACUGUGAAGAGGAGCCGUGCGGAGUAUUGAGUAUUUGUGAAGACUCUCUGAAUGGCUACAAUUGCUUCUGUGCACCUGGAUUUAUUGGAAAUAACUGUGAGAUUGAAGUGAAUGAAUGUGUCAGCCAGCCUUGUGGAAACGGAGGCUCCUGCAUAGAUGAGCUCAACUCCUUCAGCUGCCAGUGUCCUCCUGGGAUCACAGGGGAUCGCUGUGAAGUCAACAUCGACGAGUGCAUCUCCUCUCCCUGCCUGCACGGCGCCACCUGCCUCGACCUCGUUCACGGCUACAGCUGUGUCUGCAUGCUCGGCUUUACAGGUACAAAAUGUGAGCUUGACAUUGACGAGUGUGCGUCAUCUCCCUGCAAGAACGGAGCCACUUGCAUUGACCAGCCCGGUAAUUACUUCUGCCAGUGUGCGGCUCCAUUUAAAGGUCAUAAUUGCGAGUUCCUACCAUGCGAGGCCAGUAAUCCCUGCGAGAAUGAGGCAGUGUGUGUGGAAGAGCUGGAUCGGGACCGUUUCCCUUCGGGUUUCCGCUGUCGCUGUCGCCGGGGCUUCACUGGCCCCCGCUGUGAAAUCAAUGUGGAUGAGUGCAGCUCCAGCCCCUGCGUUCAUGGCUUCUGCUACGACGUUGUGGAUGGCUUUUACUGCCUGUGCAGUCCCGGUUAUGUCGGCUCGAGAUGCGAGCAAGACAUUGAUGACUGCGCCAACAGUUUGUGCAGCACCAAUUCAGUAUGUAAGGACUUCCAUCUGAGCUAUGAGUGUGUUUGCCACUCCGGCUGGGAGGGGGAGUACUGCCAACAAGAAAUUGAUGAAUGUUUAUCACAGCCCUGCAAAAACAACGCCACCUGCACCGAUCUCCUCAACGGCUACAAGUGCUUGUGCUCGCCAGGCUGGACAGGUGCAGACUGCACGGAGGAUGUGAAUGAGUGUGAUUCUGGGCCCUGUCUAAAUGGAGCUCGGUGUCAAGAGUCAGACAUACCUGGGGAGUUUUCCUGCACCUGUCCCCCCUUCUUCAGUGGCCCCUUGUGCAGCCAGCCCUAUGACCCCUGCGACCCCCUCCACAAUCCCUGCUUGCACAACUCCACCUGCCUGACACGCUCCAAUGGAACAGCCUCCUGCAGAUGCCCAGCUGGAUUUGAAGGAAGUUGGUGUGAAAUUGACACCAAUGAGUGUGGUUCAAAUCCGUGCCAAAACCAGGGCAGCUGUGUGGACAGGGUCAACAGUUACAGCUGUGAUUGUAAAAUGGGAUUUUCUGGCCUUCGCUGUGAGGAAGACAUCAAUGAGUGUGCCUCCAGCCCUUGCAUCAACGCUGGCAUUUGUCAGGACCUUGUGAACAGGUUCCACUGCGUUUGCCCUCCUGGUUAUUUUGGAACGCGGUGUGACCUGGAUGUGAAUGAGUGUGAAGUUUCACCUUGCCUACACGAGGGCAUCUGUAUCAACACGCCCGGGGGCUUCGAGUGUGUCUGCCGUCCUGGAUACUCAGGACUGCGCUGUGAAGUUAACGUCGAUGAGUGUGCUUCAAAUCCAUGCCAAAAUGGUGGAAGAUGUAUUGAUGCACUUAAUCGAUACCACUGCUUGUGUCCCGGUGGCUUCAUCGGGCUUCGCUGCGAGACCAACAUUGAUGAAUGCGCGUCGGCACCUUGUCUUCACGGGAGAUGUGAGGAUGGAAUAUAUUCAUACAGCUGCCUUUGUGAACAGGGAUGGACCGGCAGCAGAUGUGAAACAAACAUCGAUGAUUGUGCUUCUAAUCCCUGUUUGAACGGAGGCUCGUGUGUGGAUCUGAUUGAUAAAUACGCGUGCUUCUGCCAGGACGGCUACACGGGAAAAAUGUGCGAGCACGACAUAGAUGUAUGCAAGGACACCGGCUUCAAUGUCUCAUUGUGUUUCAAUGGCGCGACCUGCGUCGACGGUGAGGGGUCAAACUUCACGUGCAGCUGUCCACCAGGUUUCAUGGGGGAUUUCUGUGAAGUGGAUGUUAACGAAUGUUGCUCAGCUCCAUGUCUCAACGGGGCUAUUUGCCAAGAUCUUAUUAAUAGCUACGUCUGCCACUGCAGGUCAGGUUGGACAGGCCUUCACUGUGAGGAUGACAUUAAUGAGUGCCUUCCACAGCCCUGCAACCAGGGGAUAUGCAUUCAGAAUGAUCCAGGCUAUGGCUACACCUGUUUCUGUCGUCCUGGAUUUGUGGGGAGAAACUGCGAGCACAACUACGACGACUGCCUGCUGAAUCCGUGUCCAGAAGCAUUUUCCUGUGUAGACGGCAUCAACAAGGUCAGCUGCCUGCCUCCUGUUACGGAUCCCGUUCCCUUGGAGACCGUAGUCAAGAACAUCACUCGCGGCUUCACACCCAGGAUGCCAACGGCAACACUCGGCCCGACACCAGCAGCCGAGCGAUCCACAGACUCGAGUUUCGUUCAUUAUUUUGGGAAUUCAUACCUGGAGUUUGGUGGUCUUGACCUCAGUGUGCUGAACAACAUCACAGUGAGAUUUCAAACCACAGCGUCUCAAGGACUCCUGCUGUAUGUGGACCAAGGACCGACAAACGGGGAUUUCUUUUUCAUGAAACUCUUCAUCUCGGGUGGAGCCUUGCAGUAUGCCUUUUGCUGUAAUGAAGAGGAAGAAGUUACACAGAUGAGUACGUCGGCCCGCGUUGACGACGGCUCGGCUCACAUCGUAAAUGUCAGACAACAUCUCGCCCCUUGUGAAGCAGAGCUGACUCUCUCUGGUUAUGGGAAAAUUAAAAGCACAACCAGUAAUUACUGGCCGGGACACGCAAUUCAAAGAACGAACCACAUCUUCACAGGUGGUCUGCCACAGCAGUAUCUUCCAAAUCAGAGAGCAAAGCCAUUCCACAACUACACCGGCUGCAUCGAGGUAAUUGAAAUGAACGAACUGAGGAGCUUCUACACAUCUGAUGCCAUUGCCGGCAGCAACAUCGAUCGAUGCAGAUAUACUGUGAAUGUCACAGAAGCCUCUGCAAGUUUCUCAAGUUUGACAACUCAAUCAACUUCCACCGGCGCGGUGAACACAACAACGGUGGCAGCUCGCGCACUAAAACCACAGCACCCUCUGCAUGAACCUCAGCUUUGCCGUGACGGUGUUUGCCGCAACGGAGGAACGUGUCAUCCGCAGCCGGGCGGCGCUUUCCUUUCCUGUCAGUGCCCGAUUCAUUUUACCGGAACCUUUUGCGAGAAAGAUUCCACAGUAUACAUCCCCUCGUUUGAUGGCACAUCCUAUUUGGAGCUGCAGCCUCUUGCAUUUCUUCUCCAGCGUUCUGGUGAUAGCAGUAAUCAACGCGCUGCGGUCAAGGACCGCGCGGUUUUUCUCUCCCUGACAGUAAAAACAAGAUCUACACAGGGCACGAUUCUCUACACUCAGGAGCAAAACUUUGGGGAUCAGUUCCUUCACGUGUUUCUCCAGGAUGGCAGCCCUGUUGCUCAGCUUGGUUGUGGCGGCAGCCACGUCUUGAAUGCAGCUGCUGCUCAGAACAUUAACAAUGACAAAUGGACGCCAAUCACCAUCCGAUACAAUCUGCCUGUUGGCAAGCAAGGGGGGUCAUGUAUGAUUGAAAUAGCUGCAGAUAAUGGGACGGCUCUGCGUCUGGAGGAGUACAUGUCGCAUCCCGUGUCGGAGGGAACCUUUGGGCCCAUAUUUCUCGGGGAUGUUUCGUCCCACUGGGAGAUGCACGGCGCGAGUGCAAGAGGAGGGCGGAGAUUCAUCGGCUGCAUCAGGGAUCUUCAGGUCAACUCAAAGGAGAUCUACCUGGCGGGGGAGGCGGUGCGAGGGAGAAACAUCAAGAACUGUGACCCUCCUGUCUGCCAGCACCUUCCCUGCCGGAACGGAGGGACUUGUGUGAGUGAUUCUGAGGACUGGUUCUGCGAGUGCCCGCCUCUUUACACGGGCCGCCUGUGCCAGCUCAGCGCCUGCGAGCGCAGCCCCUGCAGCCGCGGCGCCACCUGCAUCCCCAAGUCGCCGCUGGAGGCCGUCUGCCUCUGCCCCUACGGACGGCAGGGUCUGCUCUGCGACCAGCCCGUCAACAUAACCCGCGCCCGAUUCGGCGGGAGUGACGAGUUUGGCUACACGUCCUUUGUGGCGUAUUCCUCCAUCCCCAGCCUGAGCCUCUUCUAUGAGUUCAGGCUGAGGUUCACGCUCGCAAACAACUCCUCUGCCGUCAGAGACAACCUGAUGCUGUUUGCCGGACAAAAGGGACGAGGUGAGGAUGGUGACGACUUCCUUGUUUUGGGACUCCGCGCCGGGAGAGUUGUGCACAGAUUCAACCUGGGGUCGGGGGUCGCCACCAUCGUCAGUGAUCGACUCAGCAACCAGAUCGGCGUCCACACGGUCACGUUCGGGAGGUCCAAGAAAACAGGAUGGUUACAGGUUGACGGGCAGCGUAAUAAGACGGGACUGUCUCCAGGUCCUCUCGUGGGCCUCAACGUUUUCAACCAGCUCUUUGUAGGUGGAUAUAAUGAAUACACCCCUGAACUGCUGCCACUUGGCUCCAGGUUCCGCCACAGCUUUCAGGGGUGCAUCUUUGACAUGCAGUUUCGCACACGAAGAGACAGAAAGUUUCAAGCGCUGGCUCAUCCGGCCUUCGGGCGCAGUGUGGGUCAGUGCGGCGUCACGCCCUGCGCUCAUGUCCGCUGCAGCAACGGAGGGACGUGCGUGGACUCCGGCUCGUCCGUGUAUUGCCAGUGCCCAUUUGGAUGGAAGGGAGCGCUCUGCACUGAGACGGUGUCUGUGUGUGAUGUGGAGCACAGCCCCCCUCCUCUGUGCGCCGACGGCUCCACCUGCAUCCCUCUGCCCAGUGGAUAUACCUGCCAGUGCCCCCUAGGGACUGCAGGAGUGUACUGCCAAAAAGCUGUAUCGAUCAGCGAUCCAUACUUCAGCGCGAACCAGUCUUCAUGGAUGUCCUUCCCUCUCCUGAGUCUUCGGCACAGGACUGUUGUGCAGCUGCAGUUCCAGCCUUUAUCACCUGAUGGCAUCCUUCUCUACACUGCUCAGCACCUCAGCUCCAGAGCUGGAGACUUCCUCUGCCUCUCCUUGACCUCUGGGUUUGUGCAGCUCCGGUAUGACCUUGGGGACGGCGCCCGCGCCCUGCAGUCUGUUGAGAAGGUAGACUUGCGCGGCCGGACGUGGCACACGGUGAAGGCCGGUCGGAUCGGAAACAGAGGCUUCCUCAGCGUGGACGGCCAGGAGGCGGAGGAGGACGAGACGGCGGGGAUGAGCACCCUGGACGUCACGACAGACCUGUUCGUCGGAGGAGUCUCCGCUCUGAGCUCGGUCUCGACGGACGCGACCGAGGGAGAGCCGAUGAGCUUCACCGGGGGAAUGAGGGAGCUCACCGUCAACGACCAGGAGCUGGAGUUAACGGAGGCGGGGGCUGGAAACGGAGCGAACGUCGGGGACUGGGACGGGACGGCCUGCGGGUACAAGGUGUGUCGGAACCGCGGUCGCUGCCGAGCCGCGGGCAGCGACAAAUUCACGUGCAUCUGCCCGCUGCUGUGGACUGGCGCCGUGUGCAACCAGUCUGUGAGCUGCGUGAGCCACAGCUGCAGACACGGCUCCUCCUGCGCCCCGUCCGCCGCCGCCGCCGCCACCUCGUACCGCUGCGUGUGCCCGCUGGGGUGGGAGGGAACCUACUGCGACACGAGAACCUCCACCGACACCUUCAGGUUUGUGGGAAGCUCGUACCUGGUGUACACCGACCCCGGAUACGGCGCCAGGGACUUAAAAAACACACAGGUUUCUUUCAGCUUCCUCACAAAGUCCAACGACGGUCUGAUCAUGUGGAUGGGAAAGGCCGCGCACGAAGACGACGACUACCUCGCAGUGGGGCUCGAGAAGGGCCGCCUCAAAGUCGCAGUCAACCUGGGAGAAAGACUCUCCGUCCCGUUCACUGUCCAGAAUCAGACUCUCUGUUGCAACAAGUGGCAGAACGUCUCCGUGUCUCUGAACAGCACACGUCUCCAGGUGUACCUGGACGGGAAGCGGAUCCUCUCCGAGGACGUGGAUCCGUUUGAGCGAUACGUAGCCUUGAACUACGGCGGGCAGUUUUACUUCGGGGGGUUCGAGUUCCACAGAAAUCUGACAGUUGUGACCUCUGGUUUGUUUUCAAAAGGGUUUGAAGGAAGUCUUAGAAAUGUUUUUGUGUUCGGAGAUAGCAAGCCGGUGCAGUUUCUUAAAAAUAGCGAGGGUUUUAAUGUUUACGGGGACAAUGAAUGA